UGAGUGCACUGCAAGUGUGCGCAUGUGCAAGGUUGAGUCGCGAUGGCAGGUGUCCGGGUCGGACCGCUACAGGGGAUGGUGCGGUUUGUGCUACUGGUGCUUACUGUGUGCGCUGCGGGUGCCCGUGGGCUGUAUUUCCACAUCGGCGAGACUGAGAAGCGCUGCUUCAUCGAGGAAAUACCCGACGAGACCAUGGUCAUCGGCAACUAUCGAACUCAGAUGUGGGACAAGCAGAAAGAGGUCUUCCUGCCAUCGACCCCGGGCCUGGGCAUGCAUGUAGAGGUGAAAGACCCGGAUAGCAAGGUAGUACUGUCCCGGCAAUACGGCUCUGAGGGCCGAUUCACGUUCACUUCCCACACACCCGGUGACCAUCAGAUUUGUCUGCACUCCAACUCCACCAGGAUGGCUCUUUUUGCAGGAGGCAAACUGCGUGUACACUUGGACAUCCAGGUUGGGGAGCAUGCCAACAACUACCCCGAGAUCGCUGCUAAGGAUAAGUUGACAGAGCUACAGCUUCGUGCCCGCCAGUUGCUUGAUCAGGUGGAACAGAUCCAGAAGGAGCAGGAUUAUCAGAGGUAUCGUGAAGAGCGCUUCCGUCUGACCAGUGAGAGCACCAACCAGAGGGUCCUGUGGUGGUCCAUCGCCCAGACCGUCAUCCUCAUCCUCACUGGCAUCUGGCAGAUGCGUCACCUCAAGAGCUUCUUUGAGGCGAAGAAGCUGGUGUAGGGAUCUUGCCCUAUAACCUUUCCCUUUUACCUCAAUUAUUUGGUAGUUUCCCCACCCAGCCCCUCGUCCACCUGGGUUUUGAGGAGGAAAAAUGAAAAACAGUGUGUCAUUGGUAUCAUGACCUGAAGCCAUUCAGAUCAGCUACCUUUGACCCUGGUUCUCCAAGAAACAGACAUUGGUCUAAGCUUUCAAAAUCUGCCUUAGGCUUUAGGAGAAGUUGCAAUUAACCCAAGAUCAAGUCAUUUCUUUUGCCUCUGGUGAUUCUCCUCUGUUUGCGAAGAGAUGACCAAUGCACUUCUGUUUUCUGUUUGUCUGCUUGUUCAGUAAGCAACUGGCAUGCCUAUGGAGGAGAUCUUGCCUCAGUGUUCCUUCCUGGGUCAAUCCUGAGUUCUCCCAGUGGCUUUGUGAAUGUAAAUAAGGGGCAGUUCGGGGCCCUGAAGGAUUGAGAUGUUUUUCUAUAUUUUAGAACUAUUUUUGGAUAAAUUAUCUAUUUUCCUUCCUGAUUGAAUGAUCAUCACUGCCUGUAACUAGCCAAAAACACCAGUCCAGACCUUAUCCAUUCUACUUAAUCACACGGUUGUAAUAACUGCCAUGCAGUGAUUUCGGCAGUCUGGGGCCAGCAAGCAGAUUCCUGUCAGAAGGCCAACAAGAGUUCUCUUGAAUCCUUGUGAGUCUGAUCCCACAGGAUCACAGGAAAGAGUGGCAGAGCAACUCGGCGCUGUGCCCUCUUUCCUCUCAAGUUUCACUUAAACAGUGGUAAAUGUUUGAAGGUUCAUUUUUUGUUGGAACCCUGUAUGUAGGCUAGCCUAGCCUCAGAUCUACCGUGUGUGUGUAUGCCUACCAAAUGUUGUGAUUAAAGAGGCAUGCGCCACCACACUUGACAAAUUUUCUUCAAGGGAACCAGAGUUUGGUUCUUUAUGCAGAUUUUUUCCAAUGAAAUAAAACAUAGUUAACUGUGUUUGUUAUGAAAUAAUAGGUUAUGGGUAGAAGUGAGGCCAAAAAAAGAUGGUGGGUGGAGGGAAAGAAGGUCACUGCCUUGAUUGCUUACCUUUGAGGAAAACCUGGAGUAGACUUCAGUGGGCAUUCAUGGUAAGGACUAGCCUGAAUAGGUGGGAUAACUGCUUAACCAUUCUGAAGGUCACACUAGUUGGUAAGAUGUCAGCAAAGAACUAACAACAACAAGAAGUUGGUUUCUUGGCUUCUGAAUCCUAAACAGCUCUGCCUGAACUUUACUCGCCCACUUCUGUAUAAGCCUCAGGCAAUUAGUUGCCCGUUCUUGAUAUUUUAUUUCAUAGUCUUAUUAUAUAUUUAUUUGGAAUAUUUAUUAAAUUUCUUUUUCUGACUUAUA